AAAAUGUAAUAAUGGUAAUAAGCCAUCGCGUCGCUGCAUGUUUUUGAGUAUUCCGUGGUCAUGAUAGCAAAGUUUAUAUCGGCGUACUUCAUUCCGAAAAGUACGUCGAUACAUUGAGGAUCGUGGCGGGUUAGAAAGGAAGUAGUGUGUGGGUGUACUGUGUUGGCGGACUGUACUCAGCUUCGAAAAAUCAUUUUUUUUUUUAGUUUUUUUUGUUUUUCCAAAAGACUGUCAAGAGGAGUCCCUCGUGUGGGCUGUCUUAUUUGACAGUUUGCGAUAAUGUUAGUCACUCGCGGUUUUUACCGUGAUAUAACAAUGUGCAGAUAAACGAGUGAAAAACAAAUCAAUUACACUUGUAAUAUUUCGAUGUUUCUUACACGAGAAACAGUAUAAUUAACCUCAAACAUGACCGAGAGCCUCAUCAAUGAGUGGCUCGCGGACUGUGCUGAUUUCACUUCUACGGAAUUGCACACCUUUGCUAAAACUCUCGCCCAAGACAAUGAAAUCGUCAGAGCUUUGUACAAUCUUCUUGAAGAGCGCAGCAAGUACAACGAGCUCGUGGACACUGUGUGCAAUCAACUGUUCAACUUCUACAGAUCAAGGGAGAUCGAAUUACAACGAUUCACACUGCAAUUUGUUCCGACGCUGAUAUUCAUAUAUCUGAACUCCGUAGCUCAUGGAGAUAUCAAAAAUUGUCGAUCUGUGGAAACACUCCUGAUUGGACUGUACAAUUUGGAGAUCGUGGACACAUCUGGCGAGGCAAAAGCAGUUUCCUUCAGGCUACCGUCACUUGCGAUGCUCUCCAUUUAUCACGAACCUGCGAGUCUCGCACCAGCUUCGCUUACCGAAAGCGCGGUGCGUCGUUUCGAAGAAUGCAACACUAAACUCGUCAGUUGGGGACCGCUCCAACAAGUUGAGACGUUGAACGCUCAGAAUCGGCUCAAAGUGAUGACCGCUAUUCUUUUCAUUUACAACCAACAGCUCAGUUACAUCAACAAAUCAGCGCUCGAACAAUUUGCCAAAGUUGCGACAAAACUCGUGACUCAAGGAUUUACGAAACCGGGACAUCACCAGCGGUCGUCGUACGGAAGUGAAUCGAGUUUCGUGCCACGAUUACUGCCCCGUAUUCCUGUAUCGAAUCAGUUUCUUCUCGAAUUUCUACACGGAAUUUAUUUUGCUAUGUACAAUGACUGUUGGUACGUCGGUAGUCAGGCCGUCGAGGAUAUUCAUAAUCGUGCUUGCUACGACGGUUACCCUGACGUAAUGUUGGUGACGAACGCUAUACGGAAUUCAAGCAGUUCAGGACCAGCGGGACAGCCUGGCGAAGGUCCCAUGGGAAUAAGCGUUGCUUUAUCACCUGCUACAGCCACAGCCACCGUUUCAAAAUCUAUGAUUACAAACGCUUCCUUCAGGACCAAAAAAUUACCAGAUGAUAUACCGAUCCAAGUUGUGAAGGACGAGGCUGCUGGCGAGGGUAAGCCAAAUUUGGUAUCAAUAACGGAAGAGCAAGAGGGUGCUCAAGAUCCUAGUCGAGGUGGUUCGAUACGUCAAUCACGAGAGAUAAAAGAUCGUGCGAAAAUGGCGAAUUUCGUUUUGGGCAAAAAACCCCGUGACAAGGAUGGAAAAUCGUCGAAAAAUGGUUACGUCAGUGGGGAGAAAGAAGGAAAGAAGAGUAACGCGCAAACGGGUACGAAAGACAAUGUAAAGGCGAGUAGAUCGAUGCUGAAUAACGAUCAAACUGAUGGGACGAACGAGAUGACGUUAAACGGAACGGGGAUGAAGAAAAAAUUAAAUGAUAGCAUGGUAAAUAGUUCGACGAGCGAAACGAGUGUUAUGAAUCAUGGCGAUGUAGAACAACAAACGAGGCAUGGAAUUUUAUCCUCGACGGAUGGUAUGAUCGACAAUGUAGAGCUCGAAAGCUCGGUCAGUCUGAGAUCGCACAACGAGUCCGAUUCUCUUGGAUCCUCCGUUCAGGUUAGCUCGGUCUAAUAAUAUUUUACUUGAGAGAAGCAAAACAAAGAUCAAUCGGAAAAUUUAUUGGAGAGUGUUGUGAGCUCGGGAGAAAAAAAUAUGUUUGAAAAAUUCAUGUUUGAUACAAAGCGGAUGCAUUUGCCAAUAAUGAGCUCAUGGAGAAAAAUUAAUUUAUUAGCUUUGCGUAAAUGGAGUUACUAAAUCUACGUUUUGGCAAUUUCUAGUCGUUUCCUCGACGAAUUUUCCUCGCAAAAUUUAUCAUCCUAUCGGUGUCGUCUCAAAUCAAAAUUAUACACAAUAAUCUUGCAACCUGUUUUCUUAGCUUAUUGCGAAAAUAAUAAAUCAUUCCAUCCUAGAAACUAUAGAACGCUGUUUGGAAAAAAAUGACACACUUGGGAAAGAUUAAAUGGAGGAAAAUCCGUUAAGAAAAUGAAGAGAAGUUUGUCCUUGUUAUUUAAUCUAAUUAAUUUUUUUGAUAAACACCAUCAUUGGGUUCUGCUGUUACCAGCAACUGCAUUCGUUAUUUGACGGAUGAAUUGACCGAUGUUAUUAAUUAUAUUAAUUAAUUUUGCAUUUGCCAACAUUUGCUAUGUUGGCUAAAUGCUCGAGGAUGUUUUUUUUUUCGUUUUUUUUUUUUUAUAUAUAUAUAACAAAUAAUAUGCGAUCUCGGUUUGCGACACUUAACGACGCAUUUUUGCAACGAAUGAAUUCACGUGUAUUUAUUGUGCGCGAAAAAAUGAGGUUUCAAGGAAACCAUUAUUUUUUUCUAUUCCAAUGUUUUACGGAUGGACACAACAUUAUGGUAACGUAAUUUUGGACAAGGUGUACAGAUUAACCACGGAUAUUUAACGCUGAUUUUGCUUUUCUCCAAGGAAAAGACGAAUUCACGAGGGAGCUCAUAUUUCUCAUGCAAAUAAUAACAAAAAAUGUAGAUCAGACCGGGAACAAUGGAAAAACUAAACGAAAAAAAAUAAAACGAUUAGGAAGAUUGAUAGAUACAGAGUUUAUAAACAUGAAGGGAGAGCAAUAAUGCUGAUCCAAUGACAUCAAUUUGGACGGAAUGAUGAAAAAAGUGGCUGAAUAAUCCGUAAACCGAUUAAGUUAUUGAAUUGAUGAAUAAGAACGUAAUGUAGUAAGUAAGUAUUGUUCUGCAGUAGCAGUGAUUCAAUCAUGGAGUUUAAUCAAUCUUCUGAAUAUAAUACAAUUUUUAAAUCAGAAGAUUCGACAAUGGAAAAUCGAAAAAAUAACAAAAAAAAUCGUCAUUAGUAGCGUAGAAAAAUAAAUCAAUACAUUGGGUGCCUAUUUUUACCAGACGUGUAACUUCGGCAUCGUCCAUCUCAUUUUUUCCUGUAUAUUUCCAAAAAUCUUUCUAACUAUUCGAAUUUCACUAUACGUGUUCACAAUAAACAAGUACCAGUAUCAGGGGCUUGAAACACACCAUUAUAAAGUUCAACAGGCAAUAAAAUUUUAAUUCUUUAUGGAUUUUCUCAAUGGUUUUUUAACGUUCUAUUCUGAAAUGAAUUUAAUAGUUUUAAAAGAGUGGUUGGACGUUCAAUACGAUCAGAAUUCAGCGAUUCAGAAUACGCAAACAAAAAGUAGCAUAAAAUAUCCAUCGCGUAAUUAAAUUUUCUGUACAUAUUUCGAGUGACUUUUCGAAAAAUUAUAACAUUUCAUUUUUUUCCCCAUCAGUUAAAGAUUAUCAGUCGAGGAGGAUGAAAUUUUUGCAUAGAAAAUCAAUCAUCAAAAAAUUAUAAAGUUGAAUGUUGACUUUCUUCAUUUUUUUUUUAUUACUGUACUAAACUUUUGGUAAUUGAGAAAAAAAAAACAAUUCACGGUAUCAGCAAAGCAAAUAAAGUGGAAUUAUUCAUUGAUAAAAAUCACGCAUUAUUUACAAUAGCUAUAACAGUUCCGCGAUAGCUACGAACAAGUUCAGAAAUCACUCGUAUGAAUGUUUACCAAUUUUUUAUGAUUGAUUCACAAAAUAUUUUUCAGAAAUCCGAAAACCGAAGAUAGUUAAACUACUUAUAUGAAUACGGUCCGAUAUAUGUCAAAGUUUGCCCCGGGAAAGUUGUGUUUGUUGAGACUGUGAAAAAUGUUAAUACUCUCCGAGAUAUUUACUAAAUAACGAAAUGAAAUGUAAAGUUGUUGAUUUUAUCCAAUAUCAAAAUCACUGCCACGGGACCGUAGUUUAGACGACUCGAUCGCGUGACUAAUUGAUAAAUAAAAAAGCGAAUAGUAAGAACAAGAGAGAGAAGCAGGCAAAACUGAACGAGGAAAUCGUUUGAAACAAUAUACAAAUAUUGUAAUUAUAUAUUUGAAGCAAUUAAGCAUCCAUCUUGUUUGUAUAUAGUGUACGUAAACCGUUCAAUUAUGUAACAUUAAUGAAAAAAGAAACAAAAUUAAAUUCAUGUGCAGAUAUUGCGAAACGAGCGAAUACGAGCUUAACCCAGACGACAAAAUUAUCCAAAUUAUUGGAUUUCCACAAAUUUUGAAUUAUUGUUUCCUAGAAAAUUCUAUCAUUCUAUGAAUCAUUUUAGUUGAAAAAAAAAGAUCAACCGGCCAAGUCAAGACAUGCCACGAUUUUUUUUAUCUUUCCCAAAAAAGGAAACAUCGAAAUUAACGAACAAUGUUGCUUUCGUGUAAUAGAUUCCGAUUGUACGUCACAAUCAUGAUUCAACUUUAAAGAAAGGAAGAUCGAUAAAAAUGUAUAAAAUGUCGAGCAAUGUUGUGAGCUUGCCGUAUGGAUUAAAACGUUUUGAACAAAAACGUGGGAUUUGUUAUUUUUUUAGCGUUGGACAAUUUUCUUUUCUCCGAUGCGUUGAGGCUGCGACGAAUGUUACUUGUUUUACAAAUUCUAUGCAAUUGAACCGCACGUUUGCGCCCGAAAAAGGACAUGAUAAAGGAAAUUGUUGAUACUGAUCCACUUGUGUGUGUGUAUGUACGUAUGGACACGUUUUUCGAGAAUUUGCGCUAUGUUAGAACGAAAUAGGGGACAAACAAACGAUAAUUUCAGUGGAUACUGUUAAAUUACUCGUUCUAGUGCCUGGAAAUAAUUAGAAAAACAAAACAAAAAGUGAAAGAAAAUGUGAAGUUAUAUGAAUUAUUCUUCUACCAACGAAAAACUAUUCUUUUUUUGCAUUUUAUUAACUUUGUAGAACAACGUAUUGUAAAACGUAGGUCAAACAUAUUUUUUAUCCAUUAGUACACGAAAUUGUAGGAUCAUCAAAAUUUUGGCAAAAUAUGAAAUUUCGGUAAAUUCUGUCGGUGUAGAAAGAUAGGGGGAGAGGGGGAAAGUGUUCCCAAAACCUCGAGUGAUCCUUCAAUUUUGUGCACCAGUGUGUACAUACUUGACAGUGAUUUCUUUUGACGAAAACGUCAUACGUUGUUAAUUUCUUAUCAGAGAUUCAGGUCUAACUUUUCUCCCUCGACAUUAAAUAUCUGAUUUUUGGCGAGCGCUCUUACACAGGCGCAACUGUUAAAGCGCCUUGAUGAAUUCCCGUGGAAUUAUUUUUCAACCCGUCGAUCACAAUGCUGAAAUCGAACAAAACCUUCAAUUUUCAAUAAUUUCGUAAUUAUUUUUCAAUAAUUAUUUACUCACUGAAAAACUUGAAUUUAAAGAACCCCAUCUUUCGUUUUACUGUAUAUAUAAAACAAAGCAGACAAAGAAUAAACAAUUGUAUAUACCGCUGUAACUACGAAAAUUUCCUGGCAAUUACUGACGGAUAGUUCCACUGAUCGUGACGUAUUUAUUACUCUUUUAAAUCGCCGUUAUUUAUAUUUUCGUUUCUCUAUUUCUCGCCAGAUUGUACUUAAUUUAGUUUACAAUUUCAUUUUGUUUUUAAGAAUUUUUAUUGAAUUUUAUACACUUUGAAAAUGAGAUGGGAAUAAGUUGAAAAAAUGAGCCGAAUAAGUAUCGAUUAUUGUCCUUUCAACUGCGAAAUCUUUUGAAGUCAGUGGGAUUAUUUGAUCGAGUAAAUUGCAUUCAGGAACACAUUAUAAUCCAACCUAGUCCAUCGUUGAGAAAAACUCAAUUUCGAAAAAUUUCUUCGUUCGUGAUCAUUCAAUUUUUGAAUGCUACAAUAAUCAGCGAAUCCACAUCUCCUCACGAACAACAAAUAAAAAAAAUACAGAAAGCACAUGAUAUUUUGAAAAACUUUCAUGAUAUUAUCUAUAAAUGUGUCAGUUUCAUGUGUUGAAAACAAAACAUGAAAAUUCCGAAAUGUAUAAAUAUUGAAUGACGUAAUAAAACCAUAGAAGAAAAUAAACCAUGCAUGAAUAUUA